AUGUUUUCUCGGGACGAUAUUCUGGAAAUUUACGACUCAUUACCUCCGGAAAAGGACCCCCAAUCACAAAAUGACGAAGACCUCGCCCUGCUCAUCCGAACCGUCAGCGGGCACAGUUUCAUCACAGCACAUGAUUUGCGCCAAGACUUCGAAAGAAUUGUGAUCACAAAAGCUACACGGACUGCCGUAAAAUCUGCCAGCAGCGACCUCGAUGUUGAAGUCGAUGUCGUAUUACAGCUUAUCCAAGGAAACCCUGCCCUAGCUCUGCUGAGCCAAGACGGCAGUACCAUCAUUUCAAGUGCAGAGCGAGAUACGAUUGUCAAGAACUUGGAGGACAUGCUAAACAAAAAACUCGUCUCCAAGGCCGACUUUAUCCAGUCGCACGAUGUCCAUGAAGAAUGUCUCGCCAGCCUUCUCCGGAUCCCGAGUAUUAGAGAGAAUCUUGCAGAUGAAGGGGAAGAUCAUCUGUUGGGUAAAGUAUACUCAAGGAUAAUAUCGGAGGAGAUGAACAGAAAGCUCAUACGGGCCCUCGAAAAGAAUGAAACAGUUGUGUUCAACUCACAGUCACUUCCCGGGACGCCUCCAAUGUGGCUCGUACAGCUAAACUUUGUGCAAGUUUCAAGCAACACCGUGAACGGGGAUGCGCUUUCGUCACAGUUUCACAUCGAACAGGAGGUCGACGUCAUUCGGUGCACGCCAAAGCAAUCCCUCCUGAGUCAACGAGAUGAACUUGUUGCCAAGCUGCGGUCAGGAAAUAUAUUUGCUAUUGACCUGGGACACUUCGGUCAAACUUUCAGAGACCUGUAUACAUCUUCUGCAGCCCUACAACAACAUCUCCUCGAAUCUCCCUAUAUCAUCACCUUGAAUGGUAGCCUAAGUGCAUACGCAGUCUCUACGGAAAGGCUCUCCAAAUUAGCCGAUGAUGCACAACGUAAACUUGGGCAGGAUUAUGUUGACCUGAACACCAUAAUAACAACGGAUGUGCCUGGCGACAUCAAGGAAUUGGUGCUCGACAAUGUUACCCAGAGGAUCCUGACCACGGUGUCAAAUCAUGGUGAAGGCACUCGCCGCGUGAAGAACUACCUCAUGAAGAAUGAAUGGUACAGCCUUAUGCAAGAAGAGGUGACGGGACUUGCGAAAACGCGCGCCAGCACCCAGUGGUGGGACUCGCUCAAGGACACAUCAGACAAGGACCCUAAAUUCCAAAUGGCGGAUGUUUUGACCGCCACUGUACAGCAAAAAAAUUCCAACUUCAGCGAACACAUGCAUGUGUUACAUGCCGUCGCACAGCAGAAAGAUUCUGAAGUCGCUGCUGCUGAACAAUUCUCAAUCACUAUAUCUGAUCUUGAGUCUAAGAACGAAAAUGACUUCUCUAUGUUCUGGGCUGAGAAAGUCUCACAGCGAGUCCACAACUACCGUGAGGCCUUGAAGGCUAUCGACGAAACGAAGCUGAGUGAGCAACUUACCGAUUUACUUUCAAGCUAUCUACAUAAGGACCUGCUGCCGGAAGCGAUCUCAAAAGCCCGUACACAAGGACUAGUACGCAGCAGGAAGACGCGAAAGAAUGUCACCAAAUUCGAGGCAACUUUGAAAGCGAGCAAAUCCGAUCUCGCCAGCAUACUCUCGACAUUUGAAAAGUUUGGCAGGAAGCAAGGCCUCGUAGAAACUGAUGGGGAGGCUGCGGAAGCAGCCAAGAAGGCAUCAAUCCAGGAUAUGGUUCGGCGGAUGCAGAAGCCUAAAACUGACGCCCCUUCGAUGUUUCUCAGCUUAGUAGUCAUCCUCUUCGCAAAACAUCAUCCAGGCGUGGUCUAUGCUACUGGAAAAUUCGCGCCCAAGCUACUGAAGCAGCUGAAGACGAAGCUCGACGAUGAGUCGUAUGAGCAGGCGGAGAAAUGGAAGGAGCUUGCAAAGGCAGGCUCAUUGACCACGGAUGACAGAGCAUUCAUGGUGCAAAUGGCAGAGGCAGCGACUUGA